AUGGGAUCGGUGAGUCCCACCAGCCCGGUGCUUGCUACGGUCAAUGUGAGCAGCAGCAAGGAGCCGAGCAGUUCCAACCUGUCGAAAGACGUCUGGAUGGUGGGCAUGGGCAUCCUGAUGUCUGUGAUCGUGCUGGUCAUCGUCUUUGGCAACGUCCUGGUGAUCACCGCCAUCGCCAAGUUCCAGCGGCUGCAGACCGUCACCAACUACUUCAUCACUUCCCUGGCGUGCGCCGACCUGGUGAUGGGGCUGACCGUGGUCCCCUUCGGAGCCAGCCACAUCAUGCUGAAGCAGUGGAUGUUUGGGAACUUCUGGUGCGAGUUCUGGACCUCCUUAGACGUGCUGUGCGUCACAGCCAGCAUCGAGACCCUCUGCGUCAUUGCCGUGGACAGGUAUUUCGCCAUCACCUCCCCCUUCAAGUACCAGAGCCUGCUGACCAAAAGCAAAGCCAGGAUUGUCAUCCUCGUGGUCUGGGUGGUGUCUGUUUUGACCUCCUUCUUGCCUAUCCAGAUGCACUGGUACAGAGCAGAUGGCCCGGAAGCCAAAAGCUGUUACAAAAACGACACUUGCUGUGACUUCUUCACCAACCAGGCCUAUGCCAUCACUUCUUCCAUCAUCUCUUUCUACUUGCCUUUGGUGGUCAUGGUCUUCGUCUAUGCCAGGGUCUUCCAGGUAGCUAAGAAGCAGCUGAAGAAGAUAGACAAAUGUGAAAGGAGGUUUCAUAACCAGAACAACAACCAGCAGGAGCAGAACGGGAGAGCAAGUCACAGGAGGACCUCCAAAUUUUGCUUGAAGGAACACAAAGCCCUGAAAACCUUGGGGAUCAUCAUGGGCACCUUCACUUUGUGCUGGCUGCCCUUCUUCAUAGUCAACAUCGUGCACGUGAUACAGGACAAGAUUAUCCCCACUAACCUGUACAUCCUCCUGAACUGGUUGGGAUAUGUCAACUCCGGCUUCAACCCCCUUAUUUACUGCAGAAGCCCGGACUUCAGGUAUGCUUUCCAGGAGCUCCUGUGCCUCCGGCGAUCUGUCCUGAAGAUGCACGCCAAUGGAUUUUCCAACAGCAACGGGAAAAGUGACUUCAACGAGGAGGACGAUGGAUAUCAGUUGGGACAAGACAAAACGUGUGAAUUGCUGUGUGAAGGAGCGGGGCCACCUGCCAGUGAGGACUUAUUGCACUGUAAAGGUACUGUGCUGAACGGUUGCAUUGAGUCCCAGAGCAUCAAUCAUAGCACACACGAUUCCAUAUUGUAG